CCCAACACUACACCCGCGAGGAAGAGAAACACCUCCUGAUAGUAAAACAUUUGUGAAAUAUUGGAUCAACGCAAGUCAGUUCACGGCUCCAGAGACGAUCCUCAGCUGAUAGUUGGUGACAUCCUGUGAACUUGCUAAAAGUUGAAAAUGACUCCCUCUAAACAAAUCAAAAAACUGCUGAAAAAUCAUCUGGACAUACUGACUGAUGAGGAGCUGAGGGAAUUUCAGUGGCAUUUGGCCGACAAUGAAACAGAGGGACAUGAAGCCAUCUUGAGGUCCAAGCUACAGAAGGGUACCAGAGAGAAUACUGUGGAUAGACUGGUGCAGGUUUACGGGAUAGACAGUGCUGUGGACGCUACAGUGGGCAUUUUCUUUGAUAUGAAACAAAAUGACCUUGCAAGAAGGUUAACUCAAGCCAUAAUAGAAGCAAACGAGAAACAGCAACCGAAUGAGCCAUCCACCUCCACUGUUAGAGAGAUGCAGAGAGAUGCAAAUUCAACUAUCACUAAGGAUCUUUCUUGUCCAACGAACCAUAAACCAUCAAUAAAUUCUACUCCGAAGAGUUUGAGUGUAUCCAAUGGAGGGGGGAAUUAUUUUGAUCCAUCAGCAGGACACAGCAAUGAUUUAAAGUCAAAUCAGUUACAGACUCCUUCCAGGACCAUCAGACUGAAGCGGGAAGCUUUUGAAAAGGUCAAACAGUUUUGUGAUUCAUCCGUUGAGUACAUUAAGAGACAGAGACAUGACACAGAGCAGAAGAUGAGGGACGACUGUGAGAAGCUUCGUCAUUUUCUCAAGACGGAAGAAGAAACCAGAAUAGCAGCAUUAGAAGAAGAAGAGAGUCAGAAGAUUCGUAUGAUGCAGAAGAUCACAGAGAUCAGCAGAGACACAGUCUCACUCUCUGACACUGUGAAAGAAAUGGAAGACUUGGGGGCUGAUGACUCGUUCAUACAGAACUUCAAGACUGAAAUGGAAAGAGCUCAGAACGCACUGCCAGAUCCACAGCUACUUCCACAAGCACUGAUAGAUGUGUCUGAACAUGUGGAAAACCUUCAGUUCAGAGUUUUGGAGACGAUGCUGAGCACCGUAAAACACACCCCUGUGGUUCUGGACCCCAACACUGCAUCUCCAUGGCUCUCUCUGUCUGAUGAUCUGACCAAAGUGAUAGUCACUGACACCUGUCAGGAGCGUCCAGGAAACCUAGAGUGCAACUCAAGUUAUCCACACGUUCUGGGCUGGGAGGGCUUUGACUCAGGAAAACACUGCUGGGAGAUGGUGGUAGGAAAUCAAACCAAAUGGAGACUGGGAGUCACCGAGAGGGCCAAAGACAGGAGGGAUGAUGAGAUGUGUUCAACUCCACAAAAUGGACUCUAUGUUAUUAUGAAAAGCAAGAGAGGGUAUACAGACGUCAAGGGCAAACUCCUAACAUCAGCAACGAGAUCCAACAAGAUCAGAAUAGAACUCGACUACGAAAAGGGUACAGUGUCAUUUUAUGAUGCUGAUAACAACACACUAAUACUGACCUAUGAGGAGACAUUUACUCAGAGGCUGUACCCAUAUUUUGCUUUUGUUAACACUGAUGAUGACGACAAUGAUGAGGAGGUAAAAAGAAAGAGGAAGAAAGUGGACAGUAGUGGAGGCUCUAUACAGAUCUGUGAGUCAAAGGUUUCUCUCACAGUGACAUAGUUGCAGAAAGUAGCUGCUUCAGAUUCAGAUACAGUUUGCCAUUUAUACCUUCAUUACAACUAGUCUGCUCUAGUUCUAGUUCUGGAGCUUCAGCUAUCUUGUUGCAACACACUGCCUCAUACCACUACAAGCAAAUUG